UGUUAAAAUAAACGUAAGCAAACGCAUACCGAUAAUCAUUGAUAGCAUGAUCAGGGUCGAGGCUGGCCACCUGCGGCCAACGUAUCGACGUCGACAGAACCACCGUGAAAAAUUCCGAAGUCCGUAUAUUCGCUUUAGUAGCUUCGUGGCCGGCCCCCCGAUAACACGCUGUACUAUUCGGUUAUCUUCACUCGUCAAUCAACUCAAUUGAACGCGAUGUAAAACGACACGACGCCUUACUUUGGAUCUUUCAAAAUUCUUACCUAAAUGCUUACCUAGAUAGGCUUCUCGAAACACAAAGAAUAAAACCGUACUAACAAACAAUUAUUCCAUAAAUUGAAUCACACCAAAAGGUGUAUGUCAAGGAUGCUUAUGUUAUAUCUUCAAACGUUACUCCAUUUUCGGUGAUUUUAAUCACUAGUUAUCACGUAAAAAGCUGGAAAAUUUUAUUACUCUUUCGUCUUGAUUGAACCAACAAAGUUUCUUAUAUUUGAAAAAGAGUAGAAUAGCAAAGAGGAAAGAAAGUAUCAAAUAUGAAGAUAUCCGAAGAAUCUUCGAAAAGAAGAACGUCAAAGUGACGGCUGCGAUUGGCAUAAUAUAAAGUGUAAAGAGAGUUUGUUCGAGAAAUGCGUUGGAUGAUAGAAACAUGAUGAGAUUCUCGUGCUUUCCGAGAGCGAGUAUUCUCAGUCAACGAGGUAGCAUCAAUUUUACGCACGACCCCGAUGGCGGAUCAAACGUUUCGUCGGUCGUCGUGAACGGAAGCACGAGAAGUCCCAUCGCAUCCAGUUACAAACAAUCAGGCGAGCCGGAUCUUACUUAUGGUGUCAUACGUCCGCUACCAAAUACUAUUGCAUCGAAUGGAACGGUGACCUCGAGCAAAAGUCGAGUCAUAGAAGCUCCUAGAGUGACUAGUCAUCGGGAACCCUUAGAAACACACGAGGAAAGAGUCGAACAGAAAGAUGAAUACGAGCAAGUACAACUGGCUAAUCCUCGCGGGGGUGUUAUCGGGAGGACACCUACGCCGCCAACCUCGGCACCUAUACCUUCCUACGAAAAGGAUCCUAGGAGCGCGAGGCAAAUAAAGCGUGCCAUUUUGGAGAACGAGUUUCUUGGUAAUCUCGAAAACAGUCAGGUGGAGGCUCUCGUAUCUGCCAUGUAUCCGAAACAAUUGGCGCCCAAUACGAUGGUCAUUCGCGAAGGAGACAUAGGAUCUCAUUUGUACGUGUCGGCGGAGGGAGAAUUCGACAUAUAUCAAGGUAGCCAGUUUCAACGAACCUUUGGCCCUGGUGUUGCCUUCGGAGAGAUAGCCUUGCUUUACAACACUAAAAGGCUUCGUUCUAUCGAAGUUAAGAAGUCUGGCAAAGUAUGGGUACUGGAUAGGACGGUAUUUCUAAUGGUGAUGAUGAGGAGUGCCCAGGAACGCCUCGAAGGUAACAUCCGUUUCCUCCAGCAAGUUACCGUUCUUCAGAAACUACCUGAACCGAGAGAUCAGAUACUCGCAAAGAUCUCCGACCUCAUACGCGUGGAAUUUUUUCCAGCGGGCGCAAGGAUCGUACGGCAAGGUGAAAAGGGCGACAAGUUCUUCAUAAUUAGUGGAGGAAACGUAAGAAUAACCAAGGACACCGAAUACGGUGGCGAAGAGGAAUUAGUGGUUCUCAGUAAAGGACAGUAUUUUGGGGAAAAGGCUCUUUACGAUGACGAAGGAGAACAUCGUCGACACGCGAAUGCGAUCGCUCUUGCACCUGGAGUCGAAUGUCUUACCCUAGACGGAUCAUCCUUCCUCAAUUAUUUGGGCAGUCUCGAAGAAAUUCGCAACAAGGAUUGGCUCGCCGAAUACGAAAAACAAAAGAGUUCGUUGACGCCGAAAAAGUGGACGAACGAGUACUCAAAUCUGACAUUAUUUGAUCUCGAAACUAGAGGAACGCUUGGCGUUGGUGGUUUCGGACGCGUCGAGUUGGUCACUUUAAAGAAUGAUCCCGAUAAAAGUUUUGCUCUUAAAAAGUUGAAGAAAAAGGUUAUGGUUGAUCAGCAACAGCAGGAGCAUGUUCUCAAUGAGAAACACAUAAUGCAGGCCUGCGAUUCACCUUUCAUAUGCAAACUUUAUCAAACGUACAAAGAUUCCAAGUACGUAUACUUCUUGAUGGAGAUCUGUCUGGGAGGGGACGUCUGGACGACCCUACAAAAGAGAAGAUUUUUUGACGAUGCAACGGCACAAUUCAUGGUAGGCUGCGUUGUAGAAGCUUUAGAUCAUCUACAUUCAUUGAAUAUCGUUUAUCGAGAUCUCAAGCCGGAAAAUUUAAUGCUCGAUUCUCGUGGCUACCUCAAACUGGUUGAUUUUGGAUUCAGCAAAAAGAUUGGUCCGGCCAAAACGUGGACCUUUGCUGGUACACCUGAAUACGUUGCUCCGGAAAUAAUAUUAAACAAGGGACAUGAUCGGGCGGUGGAUUAUUGGGCCCUUGGCAUCCUGACCCACGAGCUCCUGAUUGGCAAACCACCCUUCCGUGCUGCCGAUCAUAUGACAACGUACAACAAGAUUCUCAAAGGGAUUGAAGUCGUCGGUAUACCGAGCGUUAUUAAUAAACACGCCAACAAUUUUAUUAAGAAACUUCUACGGCAUUCCGCUUCCGAGAGACUGGGAUAUCUAAGAAAUGGCAUACAGGAUAUACGCGAUCACAAAUGGUUUUCCGGAUUCAAUUGGGAAGCUCUUCAACGAUUAGCUUUGCCUGCUCCUAUAGUGCCAACGGUACGAAAUCGGAUCGAUACACGAAAUUUCGAAAGAUAUCCACCGGAACGAGAUAUUCCGCCGGACGAAUUUUCAGGUUGGGACAAGGACUUCUGAUUAGUAGAAGAUUUUUCUUUUCAUCAUUCGCAUCGAAGAUGAUUCUUAUUUUUCACAAUGGCGCAUUAUUUUGAUAAGAUUAAUAUAAGACUAUAAAAUAAUAAAUGACACAUAAUGU